UGCCCCCCUCAACCCCGAGUCCUCAACAAAAUACUUUUGGAGGAAUCGAGCAGUAGCUCUGAUGCUAUAAUGCUUAUCACGCAUCUCCAUCGUUUCUGUACCCCUUUCUCCAUCUCCAUCUCCUCAUCUUCACUCUACACCCAUCUCUUUCGCCUCCCAAAGACGAGGCUUCCCAUCGCUAAAACUCUCUGCUGCACAGCCUAUUCUACUCUAUCCGCCGCACGACUCGUCUCAAUCCCUGACUCACCGUCUUCUAUUUCUGUUGCAUCAGAAGAUACCACACUUGAAGCUCGCCAUCAUCUAUUGAUUCCUGAGGAGGCCCAGAUUGAAAUCCCUGUUGAAAAGCUCUUCAUUCCUCCGGAAACCGAUGUUUCCUCGGGAAGCGCUCCCCUGAGCACUAGGGUAUUGAAAGGUUCUAACAUAGUUCUUAGCAGGUAUGCGAGGGACGCCCUGAUAGCGCAAGCAGAGUUCGUGAAGAGUAGUACGCGGACGGAGGACUGCCCUUCGGACGGGCUACCUGAGUUUGCCCUCGUUGGCCGCUCAAAUGUUGGGAAGUCAUCACUGCUCAAUUCUCUUGUUCGACGGAAGCGUCUCGCCCUCACAUCCAAGAAACCUGGUAAGACACAGUUGAUCAACCAUUUUCGGAUAAAUGAUAGUUGGUAUCUUGUGGAUUUGCCUGGCUAUGGAUACGCAGCAGCACCACACGAACUUCGAGUAGAUUGGGACAAGUUCACUAAAGAUUAUUUCGUCAACCGAUCAACACUAGUCUCUGUAUUCCUCCUUAUAGAUGCUAGCAUUCCUGCAAAAAAGAUCGAUCUUGAGUAUGCUAGUUGGCUGGGUGAGAAUCAGAUUCCGAUGACACUUAUUUUCACCAAAUGUGACAAGCGGAAGAAGAAGAAAAAUGGAGGGAAGAGGCCUGAAGAGAAUGUGCAAGAUUUCCAAGAGUUAAUUCGUGAAUUCUUCCAGGCAGCUCCACCAUGGAUCAUGACCAGCAGUGUCACAAAUCAGGGUAGAGAUGAAAUACUACUGCACAUGGCUCAGCUCCGGAACUACUGGCUGAAACACUAGGGAAUUGAGUUUUUUUCCCAUUGAACUCGUCUAUUCCAUUAAACUGGAGCAAAGAUAUUGGUCUUGUAACAGCUUUAGCUUUUGCCCAAGCAGUCUCACCUGAUGAGAAAGCAGAGAAGGAAAAGGAAGAA